GGUGCCGCGGCCGCAGACAGAAGGCGCGCGAGGAGCAUGUGGAGGCCCAGGCUGGGAGCGCUGGCGCUGGCGCCACCGCGGAGGCCCUGCAGAGCUGGGCCACACACCCUGCCGCAGCUGGCGCCCAGGCCUCGGAGGGCUGCGCUCUUCAGCCUCCCGGCCCAGGCGGGCCCCCUGGCUCUGGGAGCAGGGGCUGGAGCUGUGUCUUCCUGGGCUCCGGGACAUUUCAGUUCUCGAUUCCAGGGCUUCAGGGGUCAGAUUCCAAAGGUCAAAAAGCAGAGUGUCAUUGAUGAAUUGAGGAAUACAGGAACAUUGGUUGACAAAAACUCACUAGAUGAAGCCACUUAUGAAAAACUUGCAGAGGAAACACUGGACUCCUUAGCAUAUUUUUUUGAAGAUCUUGGAGACAAGCCUUACACCUCCAAGGAUUACGAUGUCUCCUUCGGGGAUGGUGUGCUAACAGUAAAGCUUGGUGGAGACCUAGACUAUGUGAUCAACAAACAGACCCCCAACAAGCAGAUCUGGCUGUCUUCUCCAUCCAGUGGUCCCAAACGCUACGACUGGACAGGGAAGAAUUGGGUGUAUUCUCAUGAUGGAAUAUCCCUCCAUGAACUGCUGGAAAUGGAAUUUUCUCAAGCCUUGAAAACUCAAUUAGAUAUGUCUUCCCUAUUCUGUUCUGGAAAAGACACUUGACAAAAAUCUAAUUUUUAAAGAUGUCGAAAGCUGUAAAUGAAGAGUACCUCUCUCCUCCACGCUUGAAUUUGUUUUCAUCCUCUUAGCCCCACCCCCCAUUUAGCAUCAUUUUAUGUGAUAGUUAUGUGAAAAGAAUAUAUAUUUUUGACCUCAACUCUGGCUGUAGAUUUCUUGAAAUUGUUUAGAUCUAUUUCUAUAUUAUAUCUCACUUUCAUAAGCCUACAUCAAAGAACUAUGAAUGUUUUUUGUUUUGUUUUUUAAAGCACAAACCCCAGGGAAGGUGAAUUGGUUUCACUCUUGUUACUAUGAAGGAUGCCCUAUAAAAAUGACAAAGUGACAAACAGAUUGUCAGCCCCACCAGGCUUUAUCAGAAUGAGGCUAAUUACUAGGUGGAACAUAAAUGUUCCCACACUCCAUCAAAAGAGUAAAACAAUACUUGUGAAAAUCUUUAGUGUUUCAGCAUCAAAGGCAGAGGGGGAAUUCUCCAACAAAAGAUAACUUCCUUUAGUUCUUGUCUGUUCUGAACUAUGAAGCCCAUGUGCUCUGGGGCUUAGAGGAGAGACAGCUGGACAGCCUAUUUAUUAUUCUUUGCUCCUAGUAAGGGGGUAAAGAAAUGACAGUAACCACUUCAGGGGCUUAAAGCACUGUUACUUUGGUUUGUGAUGUCGCCCACAUAUUGGGAAUUUUAAUAGAAUUUCUAUUGCUGGAUUUCACGUGCUUGAGUUCUGUUCUUUACAGAAAUUAUUUUUUCUUAAAAACACACACACAAUGCCUUUAGAUGUUAAACUGGUAAGAGAAGACACCGUAUUUUAGCUGCUGCCAUGCUUAGGUUUAGGGAAAAUAAAAUGUUAUUAAGGCUGCUGUGUUGUUUGCACUAAUUACAUAUUAUAUUAUAGAAGGGAAAUCUUAAAACAGAAAAUAGGAAUAAAUAGUAUUUAGACUGGGUUUUGGAAAUCUU